AUGGGAAGCGGAGCCGUGAGGCGAAGUGUUCUUCAGGGGAGCGGACUGGAGUCUUCGCAGCUGCUUCUGCGGCGGCGGCGGCGGCGGCGGGUGCUGGCGAGGGGCCGGGUGUGCCGAGCGCCUCAGCCGCCGCCGCCGCCGCCGCCACCUCCACCGUUCUCCAAAAUAGCCUUUAGCGCCACGCCAGGGAAGAGGGGGCUCAGGCCGGCCGCACCAAUUCCGGGAGCCGAAAGCAGAGUCCAGGCACCGUCACUUGCAGGAGACGGAGAAGCAGAGAGCGGAUCGCACACAAGUCUACGCGUGCCCACCGGCACCGCGCGCGUCUUCUUCGCUUCCGCGCUGCCCCCGCCAGGUGGAGGGGGGUUCCCCGCCUGGGCUAACGUAGUGCUGGCAUCCGGAGAUGAACGCGGGAGCGGCCGCCUGAGAAGGACACCGGCUGCGUGGCCGCCGUUCGGGCCCCAGCUGCGGCGGAGGUGCCCGGGCCGGGCGGCGAAGCGCCGAGGGCUAGACGCCGGCCGGAAUCCCUGGGUGUGCGCGGGGGUGCGCGCAGCGGAGGCGGAAAGGAGGAGGAGGGCGAAGCCGAGAGUGGGGCUGCGGGGCUGCCGAGCUGCCGGGCUGCCGGAGAGGAAGGCUGUGUGUGGUCACGUUGUGCGCUACGUGCUGAGAGCGCGAGCUUCUAGCCGCAGCCGGGCGACGUCAAAGUCGGGUGCGCGGCUCAGUCGCCUUCCUCCGCGCCUCCUCCUCACUCUGCCUUCCUGUGUCAGACGUGGAACCCAUCAGUAUGGACAGUGCAGAGAGGCUCCGCGAGGCCGACGGCAUCCGGCCUCCAGCCUUCAGCCUUCCCCGCGAGCCCCCCGUCCCCCCAACCUCCCGGAGCUGCGCGUCCUCGGACACCGGUUAUCGUUUCCGAUGCCGCUUUUGGCGUUUGCACGCGGAAGGGCCAGCUACCACCUUAGAUCCCGGGGUGUGAUCUACUGCUUACGCUCUGGGUUUACAAGGUAAGAGGACCAAUGUUGAGAAGGUUGCCUCAGGGCAAAGGAUGCCUCAGCGUUGAGGACCGCUUCUUUAUGAAAUGCCACUUUCACAUAGUAGAUGGAAUUAAGUAUCACUGU